UAGGUAUGACCCGAGAAAAGUGGUGCUUCGAGAAAACUAUACAGAAAUCCAGUCAAACCCGAAGCGAGACAGACAGAGAGCAGAAGCUUCGUCAUACGUGGGAGUAACUCAGUUGCCUCGAAAUUGGAAAUCAAAAACGGUAGGAAAAAGAAAAAGAAAAAGAAAAAGGAAAAUGCAAGCUAUGAAUGUAAUGCAAAUCACUCAUCUUGAUUAGAUGGAUGCAAUAUGAGAAAUCACAGCUGGGGCUGCUCUUUCUUUUCUCUCUGCUUUUUGAACCUGGCAAGGUUCAGAAAUAGAAGAAGCACACAAUUUGGGAGUGAUUGUGAUGUAUCAUGUCUGGUAAGCCGAGCGCAAGCCUUGUCGGCUUGCGCCCCAGGACAAGUUUCUUCUUCCUCUGUUCUACUGGUCAGUGAACUUCUGGCACUGGUAGUAUCGAGCAGAAUUUUUUUCGAGCCUUAUUGUUGUUCGUUGGUAAGGCGUUUAACGGCCCUCCCAAGGCAUUUGGGCAAUGGGCAGUUAGGUGGCUCUGUUCUUUGUUCAUUGGGAGACACUGGCCAUAUUCUCCUACUUUGCCUCCGAUUCGAGUUUCAGUGCCGUUCUAAUGCAUCCGGGAUAGUCCCUGGACUGACUUGCAUAUGAGGUAUCCAUUCUAGCCUCAUCAACAUCCAAAACUAACCUACCAUACUCCGGGCAAGAGGGUACAUGCCUCACGCGGCCUGUCUAAAACCAUGCAGACCCGGCG